CGUCUUUGUUCUCUCUCUCGCACCAGAUUGUGCCAUCUGGGCCCCCGAACUCCACUACGGUGUUGCUGAACGCCCUGGGGUCACACGAGACAAUCCAAGAAACGAAGACGCGUUUGCGGGACGAGGCAGCACACCACAGGUGGCGACGUCAGCAGCGGCGGUGGCUGCCGAUGCGGCUUCUUGUACCGGUCCAGGUGGAAACUCCUCCCGGAGACGGCGGAGACGGCGAGUUGUGGCCUACGUGCGGGGCGGCCUCUGCGCCCUCGUGGCCUUCCGUGAACGAGAGCGACGGUGCGGCGGCACUGGUGCUGCUGCUGGCGGGGAGGAGGUGGCAACGGGCGACGACCCACAUGUCCGGGAGACACGAGGGGAAGCCGGACAGCGGCGACUAGACCAGGGGGGGGUAAACGGCUCGGAUGAACCACGCUUUUGCUGGCCAGCGGACGAUGAGCAGACGGGGGCCAACGGGUGGAGUCAAUUGCAGGUGCUUGCUCUCUCUGGGACGAGCGAUAGAGACGAGCUUGUCGGAAGACCCCGAUCUCACCGUACUAGAGGACGACGUCGGUGAUUUCUACUUCCAGCUGUUGACGGCGGGCGAAGACGCCGGCGGCAACGCAUGGUCGGGUGGCGGCGUUCACCCACGGAGACGCCAGCAGUCUCCUAGGACGGGGCCGGUGCGGGCUAUCCACCACCAGGACUCCCCGCUCCCCUGCUUCUCCGGGACCGGGAUUGUGCGUCACCCCCCCGCCCCCGCCGCCCAGCUUGGCGGUUCUGGCUUGCCGGUGGGGGUGGGCGACGACUCCGCCGGCGCUGAGAACGACAAACGCCUUAGUGUCUGGGGAUCAUCUGGUGAAGGUCCCAUCGCCGGAAGACUAGCUGCCGACGUUAGCGGCGGCGGCGGCAGCAGCAGCGCGUUGUUGCUUUUCGGGGGUCGAAAGGAGUCCGAUGUAUGCGGGGGGGAUGGUGGAGGUAACGGGAGCGCCGGCGGCGAUGUCGGCCCCCUGAUGGACGCGUUCGGGCGGCAGGGCAGAGCCGACCUCGGGGUGGAGGCGAUGAGAAGGAGAGGCGCCGGCGGGGAACAAGAGCUGUCCGUGCUGGACGAGAUACACGCCUGCUUGACCAGAGGAGAAGGCGGCGGCACGGGGAGGAGCGCGGCUUCGUCCGCUGCCCGGGAGAUCGGCAUCCGAACGUCCAUGUCGAAAGGGAACCGGUGGGUGAUCGGGAGGCGGCUUGCUGGGGAGAGCGGCAGCGGCGGUAGAAGCCGCCUUGGGCAUGAGUUGUAUGCUACCAUCGAGGCGCCCGUUUUGUCCGUCGGGGACGCACGCGCCGCCGCUAGCAGGGUCUUUUCGGGGGUAGCGUGUGACGGUCUCCCUGCCGGUGAUGGCGCUGUCGCAGGCCAGAGCGCUGGACCCGAUCGAUCGAGAGCGUCUGAGAGGGGGCUUGAGCGGCGGCGUUUCCUGAGAUAGCUGUAUGCGGAAGAGGAAGAAAAAGGCGGAGUCUCUCUCUUGCGCCCUCUCUCCCUCGCGAAGGCCCUCUAUCCCCCCCUCUCUCUCUCGCUCUAGACUGUCUUCGAAACUACGGGUGUUGUCGGUUGUUGACCAGGUCGCUACAUUUGCCGGCCCUGGGCUCGUAUUAGCGUUGGGUGUGUUUUCGGUCACACCAUGAAGGUGGACAUGGUUCUUGUGUCCCGCGAGGCGGCAACGGACGUGUCUUGGUUGCACCGAUGGGUUACUUUGGGCGCAGGGAUACAUCCUCUGCACGCCUGUGCUGUGUGUCGCAAAUGUUUGUAGUGGGUGCGUGGUGCACACAAAGCGCAUAUUAUUAAAUAAGUUUUGUUCCUGGUGUUGCUUUACACACAUUGAAGAUGUAGGAUAAGUCUAACCAGAAAUAGCUUGUGCGUGUUCAUGUCGUCCGCAGCCCCCCUUGGAGGGCCCACGUGAUCCUGGUGUGUGUGGGCGGGACGUAAUAUCCAUUGAUACAUUUGCGUUUUGUUAUCGUUCGACCUUUUCUAUGUUGCAGCAGCAGCAGCA